AUGAAGACCAUCCUCUGCGUCGUUCUUAUCGGAAUCGCUACAGCCGACGUGGCACCAUAUAGACCGAGAGGAUGGCGACCGGAAGGACGAUCUCUCUCUCAUGGGAGACUUCGAUCCCAACUGUAUGGUCCACCAUCGGGCUUCCAAAAAUAUGGACCACCGGACGUCUCGAAUCAUCUUCCCGAAUCGACGACGACCACUAGAUCUCCGCCAACCACGACAUCGACGACGACCACUACCACUCCUAAAAGUAGAGAACCCACUACCGAGCCAGACAUCCCUCAGGAGGAAUUCGAAGUCAAUCCUGCGCUGGCCAUUGCGAAUUCGUUCGCUUUCAACAGACCCGUGUACGUCUACAACACCUUCCCGUUUCAUCCGGCGUAUGCCAUUGUCAAGUGA